AUGGGGUUCCACGGCGAGGUCAUGUUCCUCCUUCUCGGAGUUAAACCGGCAGUGCUGUGCACGUUUCCCGCUGCCGCCUGUGGCCCGGAGGCGCCCACCCCAUCACAGCUCGCCGUGCACUACGCCACGCAGGUGAUGCUCCCGGCACUGCGAUCAGGCGGAGGCAGUGCGAGCACCAACACAUCGUCAGACGAGCGCACGACAUGGGAGGUGAGUGUGGCGGGCAAACGACUGCUGGUGGGCGUGGUGGAUGCCAACGCUAGCUCAGCGUAUUGCGACGAAGUGGGAGGCUCUCUGAUCGUGUACAUUUUGUUGGACUAUCCAACGCAUCUGAAGGAGGGCGAGGAGCUCGAAGAUCAGCAAAGACGACAGCCUGUGAUUGUGGAGGUAGGCUACUGGGUCGUUACCAGCAGUGCGGAAGGCCCGGAGCUGCUUACAUCGUAUGGCGCCGAAGAAGCGGAAAGGUCGGUGUCCAGCUCAAGCUCGGAAUCACACGAGUUUCAGACUGAGUGUUUCAUCGUGCUUGAUGACAUGGACAAUAAUGAUCGACCGCCCAUCUUGACCGAGACGAUCAACCAGUAA